AUGACCGCAGGCUUGUCCCACCAGGCCAAAGCAACCGCAGAUAUUCUUAUAAAUGGCGCCAGCGAACCGUUUCCGCCCCCCGGCACCGAUCCUCUGAUUGCCCGCUUACACCUGAACAAUGGAAGUGGCAGCAAUACGCAGUCUUCUACUUCAUUGGAUAGUUCGCUAGCUCAGCAAACCGCCGUCUCUCAGAACGAAAACCCACAACAAAAUCCUCAGUCUGCACCACCACCAGAGGCAAACCCCUUCUCUGCCUUGCAGACUUCCCAGGAACAUGAGGAGGAGUGCUCUUGCGUCUUCGCGGGAGCUUGUCUUUACAAAGGCGCUUGUCUUUGGAUUGCUGGCAGCUUGUCUUUCGGGGUCCUCGUCUUACUGUUCCUCGUAGCCUGGGGUCUGCAGUGGGUAGUGGCGAUUCCUGCAGAGUAA